GAUAGAUGGCGCCACACAAAACUUGUCAAAUUUUUUUUGACAUAAACGUCACAGGGGGGUUUAUUUUUGUAUUUUCCAUUUUGCCAUUUGAAAAUUUUUCCCAUUUAAAUUCGAAUUUCCACGUGAUUUUACAUAAUUGAAACGAUGUCGGCCACCGAGUCCAGCAAAACAUCGCUUACCAGCAAACUGGGCCUCAAGCCCUUCACAGGGAAAAACCUACUGUUCUUUUACGCCCCUGCACAAGGAGUUUUGAGCUACACGGCCCUUUCGGUCAACGUAAUGAAUCCUUCAUUAGUUUUAAGGUUUAUCAACAGAAAAAAAGGCAAAUUCCUAUGUGAAUUAUGCGGUGAAUAUUUUGCAAAUCUUUCAAAUUUGUACAGGCAUAGACGAAUUCAUUUCGGUACCGACGUGUCGGUGUGCGAAAUUUGCGGCAAAAACCUGAAAACCAAACGGUUGCAGUACCACUUGGCUUCACACAGAAACGAAAAACCCUUUUUGUGCAAUAUUUGCGGUAGCAGAUUAAGGAAUUCGAAAAAUUUGGAAUUGCACAUUUUGACUAUUCAUAAGAAACAGAAAUUGUUUGAGUGUGGAGUAUGUGGUUUGAAGUAUACUAGGAGGUUCAAAAGAAGAAAUAAAAAACUGAAACAAUGCAAAAAAUGCCCUAAAACCUUCACAACCAUCAAAAAACUAAAACUCCACCAAAAACAACAUUCCUCUCUAUUGCCAAUCAAAGAACACUUGUCGCAAUACAACAAAAAAUCAAACACCUACAAGUGCCAAUUGUGCCGAAAACAAUUCCGCACUCAAACUUUAGCUGAUGAACAUCUAAACUCCAACAAAACCCAAAGUUUCGGUUGCCUUAAAUGUCCCCACAAAUUCGAAUCCCUAAGGGCCUUAUUCCACCACAUGACCAACCAUUUGGAGCCCAACAACGAAAUCCCUUGUCCAAUGUGCAACUACAAAACUUUACAAAUAAAAAAACUCUUAAGUCAUUUGACAUCGUGCCAUAGUAAAGCAAAUUCGUGCGACAAGUGCGGCAAAUGCUUCAGAUCAAAAGCAAACCUAAAAAAGCACAUGCUUAGGCAUGAUGAAACUAAAAAGGCAACUUGCGUGGUUUGCUCAAAUGCUUAUUUUGGUAAUAAUGCUUUAUUAAGACAUCAAGUGACCAUGCACAAGGCAACAAUAGCAAGUGACCCGAUGCUUCUUUGGUGCAACAUUUGUAAAACAAACUUCAAAACGGCCAACUUAUUGAAGUACCACGUUAAAAAAGCUCAUAUUAAAAACUUGGUUAUAAGUGUAGAAAAAAAAUGCUUGUGUGAUAUUUGUGGGCAAGGCUUUAAAGAUUCAGAUAAUCUUAAGAAGCAUAAAAUAUCUCACACUGACAAUAGGCCGUUUAAAUGUUUCGAAUGCGGCAAAGCUUUUAAGCACAAAUAUGUGCUAACUUAUCAUCAGAGGACUCAUACUGGCGAAAGGCCUUAUAGUUGCGGUUAUUGCGGUAAAACUUUCAGGCAAUGGACACCGUAUAAGGUGCAUUUGAGAGGCCAUACUGGAGAAAAGCCUUAUGUUUGUAAAUUAUGCGAUAAAGGGUUUACGACUAAUCAAGGACUCAGAUUGCAUGUGGCUAGUUGUUUUGAUAGUAGAGCUGAGACCAAUAAUUGAAUUGUUAUUUAUUAAAUAAAUAGUUUAAAU